AUGGAUAUUCAACAGUUAGUUCAAGAUGGUUGUUCAACGUUUACGAAAGAUGGGUUUGAUGAAUCGAAUUCUGACAUAGAAGGCGAUAUGCAAGUGGCAAGUGAAUCGAGUUCAUUAUGCGAUGAUUAUGAUGUGGGUAAACCGGAUAGAAAGCGACAGCGACAGUAUGGCGAUUCAACUGGAAUUGACUGGAACAGUGCAUUAGUGGUACAAUGCAUUGAAGAUUAUCUAUCGAAAAAAAUUCGAUCACUUGAAAUGCUCUGUUGGCGGAUAUUCGAAAUCACAGGAGUAUCAGUUUCAAAAAUGACAAUGUCUAGGCGAUUAAAUGGGAAAUCUUAUGUUAAUUUUCCUGAACGAAACAUUUCGUUAUACGUAAACGAAUUAUGUGAUGAUAAAGCAGCAAGUAAAAAUAUAAGAAAAUCGUCUGGAUUUGUUACGCGAUCAUCAUCACUGGCAAUAAUUAAUAAAAGGAAAAGAAAAAUAAAAAAUGAAAAGGAGGAAAUACCUUUGUCUGCUAAUUUAUGGGAUAAUCCUUCGAUUGUAUCUUUCUUAUUGUCUUAUGUUCAAGGUAAAAUGACAUCAAUUGAAGAACUUCAAGAUAAAGUAAGCGGAAUAAUUGGUGCUAAAGUACCUCUUUGUGUACUGAAUUCAAAUGCUUAUAUUAGCAUUGAGGCGUGUAUUUUGCAUUUCAAUCGUAAAAUUAAAAUAUCAUUACAGGCAUAUAAUGAAUCAGUUAAAUCACAAGAGAAAAAUUAUAUGAGAGUCGAUAAUUGCGAGGAUGCUGUCGAAUUUCCAUCAUUUGGUGUCGAACAGCGAAUACCGCUUUCAACUAUAUCAGGAGGAGUUGUAUGUGAGAUCGGUACAGACGAACCAUCGAUGGGUGGCAUGUCGCGAUGUCUUCAAAGCACUGUGCUAACUGUGCCUGAAAGCAAUGGUCUUGUUAGACAAUAUAUGCAGUGUAAAAGUUGCGAUGAUUCUUCUAAAGUCAAAUACUUUCGCUGUUCUCACUGCGCUACAAUACAUCGAAGAAUGCAAACUAAUAUUCUUCCCAAGUUAAAAGUCAAAAAUGGGGCAAUAAUCGGUAAUCUUUUCCCGGAGCAUCAUCCAUUAUGCAGGCCAAUUACCCGAGCACAAGCUAAUGUUCGUGAAAUCGACCGUAACUGCCGGCGUGAUAUUCGGCUUGGUUUGUUGUCACCAAAGGAUGCAUGGAAUAUGGGUCGAUGGAAAGCCGUUCAUGAAACUGAACGAAUUCUAAAGUUAUCUGGUGGUAUACUUCAUGCGAAUGACGAUGUUGCUUCUGCAUUUCCUAGCUGGAAAAAAGUGCGAAGGAGCCAAAUACGAUGUCAUCAUCCUAUAAUCGAACAUCGUCUUAUAAUCUCUUCGCCAAUAAAUCUUUCACCUUUAAAUGCGAAUUUUGGACAUAUUUCUUCACAUAAUGUCGUUGAUGAUUCAUUGCAAGUGCAGAUUGAUGUUUCACAAUUCAAACAAGAUGAAUUAAAAGUAUCUGUGGUCGGACAAUACGUUAUAGUUGAAGCAAAACAUCCGGAACGUGAAGAUGAACUUGGCUUCGUCGAACGUCAUUUUGUUAGAAAAUUCUUUUUACCAAAGAAUGCAACUGCUGAUGCAGUAAACUGUUUCCUUACUUCUGACGGACAACUUAAUCUUUCAGUUCUACCACCACGACCUAAGGAAGAUGGCAUGGAAAGAACAAUUCCUAUCAAAAUGGUCCCAAUAUCCGGCAAAAUGGAUGGUGGAUCUGAGCAAAUUCAUUCUCAAGGCCCUUCGAUGCCCCAAUAA